AUGAUGGCCAUUUUGGGAGGUUAUGUGAGCGAAAUGUUCUUCUUGGGCCAGCCUUCUUCGUUAUCGAGUGGAGAUUUGGUCAGAUUGAGAGCAGUAGUUAUUUCCAAGAUAGCCUUAGCAUUGAAUGGAGAUGUUAGUUUUGCUGAUGGUUUGGAUGAUCAUGCUGAGAAUUUCAAAAACCGCUUUGACGCUAAAAUUUGCAAAAACGUUAAUGACUGUGCCGAUCGAAUUAAAAAUUUUCUAGAAUUAUUUCGUCAUAAAAUAAAAUGGAACUUUCCGAUUUUUUUAAAUUAA